CGUAGAUCAAACUGUAAUAACUGGGGGUGUAAUUACCUUAAAGAGUUUAGACCCAAUUAAUUAAAUUCAUUUGAAUUGAAUUAAAUUGAAUUGGUUUUACAAGGCUACUUGCCAUAUAAAAACCCAUCACUAUAGUACGCGUUAAUAAUAUGAAGAAAAGACUGGAUCGUUAUCAAUCUUUCACUCAUCCUGUUAAAGUAGAAGGUAGUCGGACCAAAAUCAGGUGGUUGGAUAAUCAUGCAGAAGAGUUGAUAGAUCCAUUGGUUGAUUCGGGAUUCUAUUAUUCACCUACUAAAACCAAUCAUAAUCGUAUAGUAUGUUCACAUUGUUCAGAGCCUGAGAAUGUAACUGAUGAAUCUGAUAUUACCACUAUACCAACAGUUCAUUAUGAAAGGAGUAAUAAAUGUUCAUUAUCACUUGUAUUAAUCUCAGGAUUAAUGAGACAGAAACAUAAAUCGAAACGAACAUUAAAGAAAUAUUGGGAGACUCAUGAACAAUCAGUGAUACGAUCUCCAUUAUCUGAUGAAGCUAAACAGUUUCGAUUAGAAUCAUUUGGUGAUACUUUCCCAACCGAUAUUCUUAGUGAUUUUGUACCGACAAGUCAAACUUUAUCAGAAGCAGGAUUCAUAUAUACUCCUAUGGAUGAUUUUGAUGAUCGAGUCGUGUGUAUAUACUGUGGAUGUUCUUUAGAUCAUUGGGAAGAAGACGAUGAGCCCUUGAAGGAACAUACAUCCAACUCUCCAGGUUAUUGUUACUUUGUAGAUGUUCUACAGUCUAACAAGACCAUCAAACCCAAACCAGUUUCAAGAGUUAAGGAAACUACCAAAGUAGCCAAACCUCCAAAAUCAAAUAAGGACGAUGUCUUCUUCGGAUUACUCAGUGAUGAUGAGGAUAACGAGUCAGAUAACAAUAACAAUAACAGUAGCAAUAACAGCAAUGAUAAUAAUAAUAAUAACAAUGUGAAUAUUGUGAUGCCGUCCAAGCUGGAACCACCGCAAAGGAAAACGUUUCUCAAUCAAACAAAGUACAGAAGAUCAUCGUUUGAGUAUAUAGAAACUGAAGAAGAACUUAGCGAUAAAGAGUCAGAAAGUGAUAUGAACGAUGACGAUUUUGUUGAAGCUAAGGCUCAGCAAGAUGAAGAUGACGAAGGGGAACAGGAAGAUAAACUGACUUCACAGAAGAAUGUAUCUAGUCCAAUACCUGUACGAAGAUCAGCCCGAGUCCGGAAAAUGGCUUCUCAGAAGGAUACCAAUGAUGAGUACUGGAACAAAUUACCAGAUGAUGGUUUAUUAGAAGAGUUCAUGGUGGCAGCCAAUAAGUAUACUUCCAAGCCCACUAAGUCUGAAGAGGAAGACGAGGAGGAUGAACAAGUAGAAGAAGAGAAAGAGAUCGAAGAGAAAGAGAUCGAAGAGAAAGAGAUCGAAGAGAAAGAGAUCGAAGAGAAAGAGAUCGAACCAGACAAGGAGGAAAAGAAAGAUGAUCAAGAAAGUGAUGAUUCAGAUGUAGACAUGGACAAAGCAGAAGAAGAAGAAGAAGAAGAAGACGAUGAUGAGUCAGAGGAGGAUGAAGAUGAAGAUGAAGAUGAAGAUGAAGAUGUCAAUGCCAACAAGACAGGAGAUUCCAUUCUUUACUCCACUACAUAUACUGAAGAAGAGUCUGAGUUCAUACCAUCUUCACCUGACUCACCUGAAAAGAAAGCGAAGAAGUCUACCACCGAAAAGAAAAUCAACAGAAAGAUACCGAAAGAAGAAGCCCCGGCUCGCCCCAAAAGAGAGUUUGAGAAAGUAGAAAAGAAUGAUCAAGUGACGGAAGACUCACUGAAAGCAAAGAGACUAAGAUUCAGUAAACGUGUUCGAUCACCAACUCCUCCUCAGUACAUUUCAUCUGAUGAUGAGACCAAUGACUAUGGAGAUGACAAAGUCGAUAAGCUUGAAAAGAAUGUGAAGAUUGUGACUAUGUCUAAGAGUCCAGAGUUACCAACGGACACUCAACCAUCUUCUCACAAACGUAAUGGACCUGUUGAACUUCCAAAGUCCAUAGAGUUAACUAAUGAUAUAGCUACUAAGUCGAGGAUAAGUCCUAUACGAAAGCGUAAACCCACCAGUAUCUUUGAUACCUCAUUAGAUGCAGAUACCUUUGGAGUACCAUUGACAAUGAAACGGCUUUCUAUUCUAGGAACUCCUAGUGUAGAACCUGAAGUGAAAGUAUCCGAAUCUCAGUCUAGUACUACUGCUGUAACACCAGUAACUACUGAUGAUUUGAAAUCAACUAAGACUGAAAUAGAACCAUCCAAGAGCUCUGAACAUGCUAAAGAACAAAGUAAACGAAUAUCGUUAGAUGUGUCUUCUCCACUGGAAGUUGAUGAAUCUGAUGAUGAUUAUGCCAACUACAUUAAGGAUAUCCAAGAAAUCAAUAAUGAACUCUCGAAGUCGAUGGAAGUGUAUUCUGGAGAAAGCAGUGAAAGUGAAGAAGAGAAGGAUAAUAAGCAUGAAGAACUGGUUGUACUUUCAAACCAACCUAAUGUUAGUAGCAGCGAGUCAUCAAGUGAGCAAAAGCAACAAACAGAGCCUGUAGAAGUCAAUGAAGAGAAUGAAGAGAGCCAUUCAAAUACUGAGAAGGAUAAGGAAAUCGGAAUUGGAAUUGGAAUUGGAAUAGCAGAGAGUCCAAUAGGUGAGAGUAGCAAUGUGAAUGAUGUUGCAGUUGCAGGUGAAGAUAAAGUUACAGAAGUAGUAAGCAACGGAGUCCUUGAACAGGAGACUAUAGAGAGCAAUGACAGUGUACAUAGAGAAACCAAAGAAAACAUGGAAGUUAGAGUGAGUGAGGUGAAAGGAGAUGAGGUUAAUGAAAGUGUGAAUGAACCUGAAACUAAACAAACUGAAGAAAGAGAAGUCAAUGAAACAGCUAAUGAAACAGUCAACUCCUUACCAACAGAUAACGACAACGAUAACGACAAUCAAGAUACAAAACCAGAAUCAUCUCCAGAAGUGAAAGGCCCUGAGACCAGUACCGCAGAACAACCAGUAAGUGAGCUUAACUAUAACAAUGAAAGCGAAUAUGAAACUAAGAAUGACAUGCCUCAAAGUGAAGCAGGAAAUGACAGUCUGUUUCACAAUCAAAGUGAUGCCAGAGAUAAUGAAUCAGGUGCAACCUCAGUGAAAACACCCACCCAUCAAUUGACAACUGUUCAGCAUGACCCAGUUACUUCACCAGUCGAUCAAUACACUCCAUCUCAGCCAUUCGAUCAGACAAAUACAAACGAAAAGGUCACUCAUCAACCACCAGUAACUCAAACUUCAGCUGAGCAUACUCUAACUAAAUUAUCCGGUAAUUUUAGUGGACUUUUAGAUUCUAGUACUCCUCAUAAAGAAAGAAGUUCGAAUGGUGGCACUACUAAGUCGUCUGCUCCGACCAUACAAAAAUGGCAGGCAAGACCUCUUGGGCAAUUCAUUGAAAAUUUAGCCAACAUGGAAGAAACUGCUUCGGAAUUAAGAAGCUUGGCUACUCUAGAAUAUGAGCUCAAUAAUGAUCCUGGAGAUCUAACUAGUUUUAUAUCGGAAAUGCCAGAGAAUGAAGAAGACAUGACUAUUAAGCAGUGGGUUGAACACUGUGCUACGAAUUCCAGUGCUAUUCUUCGAGAGUCAUGUGAAGAGAUGCGCCAGUUCAUUAUAGAGGAAUAUCAACGAGCUAUUAAGUAUAUAGAAUCAUUACCUACUAGUUCGUAAGUGUAUAUAUGUAAAGUAGUAAAGUAGUAAUAUAAGAAGUCAUGUG